AUGGAGUGUCCACACGCCGUUCUUGGUGUUUCAAAAGGAUGCAGCCCAAGCGAGCUGAAAAAAGCGUACAAACAAAAGGUAAAACAAACACACCCCGAUGCGACAAGAAACAAAACAGACGUUGACUUUAUUAAGGUGAAAGAAGCAUACGCAAAAAUCCUCUCUCUUCCGCGCGAAGAAAAGGACACUCUGGACAGCCUGCCGUACAUGACUGUUAGACUCUCUGAAGCUGCACGCACAAAAUGCCGGUGCGGAACUAUAUACGCAGACGCUGACCAGCUAGGAACGGCUGAGUGCAUGACCUGCUCGCACUACAUAGAAGUUGUACCAGAUGAAAUGUAG